UGGCAAUCUAAAUGUGCAAUGUGCCUUCCGUUGGUUAUCUCAGUAAUAAUUGAUGUAGUAGUUUCAUCUGCACUUAAUAUAAAAGAAGUUGAUGUAGAUGGAAAUUAUUAUGUGCAGUGGGGAGAUAACUUGGCCCUUACCUGUGCACAGGAUACUCCGCUAUUCGGAAAAGCUAGCAUUGAUUGGUUUCUCCCUUCACAACCAAACAGACCUGUUGGAUAUGGAAAUAAAGCUCAUGUUUACCGACAAGAUCAGUUAAAUUCUAUGGUGUUGGUUUUAGUUGUUCGAUCUGUGAUUACAGAUGAUUCCGGAACGUAUGUUUGCCGUACAGGAAGACAGGAGGGAAAUCAGUUUAUUGAAAUGGGUCGUAAAAGUGUCAAUGUCAUAGUAAGGAAAAGCAUCGUGGCUACAGACUGUCCGAGAGAUCAAUGGAUUCCUGUAUUAGAAGAGAAUACAAAUUGUUGGGGCAACGGUACAGACUGUGGGGUACCUACUGCUACAAUUCGAUGUAUAGUCGAGGCCUUUCCUGCACCUACAAUUCACUGGCGUUUCAAAGGAGUUCAGUUAACUACAGGUACUAAACAUAUCAUAACAAAUUUUGGGAUAACAAUUAUCAACCCAACAGCUGAAGAUUCUGGUAUAUAUACAGUGAUUGCCAGACAACCACAACAAACUGCUGUCUUCGAUUUGCAAAUUUCUGCAUUCAGCCGUCCACGUAUAACUUCGGGUCCAUCAAUCGUUAGGACAUACAACAAUACUUUUGUAUCUGGCAGAGAAGCAUAUCUUCAGUGUUUAGCGUCUGGUCAGCCUCCACCUACUAUCCAUUGGUAUCAUGAACGAGACCCGCAAACGGAAUUACAAAAAGCAAAUCCUAAAAGGUUCUCAGUGAAUACAAAUUUUCGUGUUGGUCUACUGUGGAUUUCAGAGGUAUCUUAUCCUGAGGAUUCAGGUAGCUAUAUAUGCCGAGCUGUUAUUCCUGUUCCUGCAACGUACUCUGGUUCCACUUUAGUGACAAUAACUGAAGCCCAAAUACCUAUCGAAGUUACACUUCCUCCCACAUUAAUACCGCUCACAACUAUGCAUAGUUACGUAAAACUGGGAGAUACUGCUACCGUGCAAUGCCGAGUACGUGCUACAACGCCAUUGGAAUUAUACUUCAAGCGUUUUAAUUCAAGUACAUCUUACAUAAGCGGUGUCCAACCUGGUGAUAAACGUAUUCGUGUGUGGAGAGAAAAUGAUGUGAAUGAUCCAUUGAAUCAUGACUUAUUUUUAACAAUUGAAAAUACGACUUUAGACGAUACAUGGAACUAUAGUUGUCAUGCAGUUAAUCGAGGUAAUUCUUCUUGGUGGAAUACAACAAUUCAAGUGAUGCAAACGCCCCAAAUCUUGUUACAUUCAACUUUAAAUACAGAUAGUGAACUAAGUGGGUUAAGAUUUGGUUGGCGGUAUCAAGGAACCAAUGUAACUUGUAUAUCACGUGGUAUGCCACAUCCAACAUGGACUUGGUAUCGUCGUGGUGAGCAAAUAUUAAAUGGACAAAAUUCAACAUUUGUAAUAAUUAGUUAUGAUUAUUGGGAUCAUAGUCAAUCAUGGCUCCAAAUUACACCUUGUUUAUACACGGAACAUUUCAUAUAUGAUGAUUAUGUAUGCAAGGCGACAAAUAUCAAAGGGACAAACGAGAGUAAGGUUAGCUUUCGACGGGCUUCCGUUCCCGGACAACCGAGAUUAGAAAGCUAUUCAGUCACACAGUCAACGAUAUUUUUUAACGUUAGUCCUCCUAUUAACACUGGAGGUAUGGCGACUUUAGCAUACGAAUUAACUUACAGAGCUUUUGGUGGGCCUGAAGGAUGGUAUGGCCCUGUUACAUAUCCAUUAGAUGGGUCAAGUUCUGGUAAGCCAAAGUUCGAAUUGACUGGUUUACUUGGUGAUACUAAUUAUCAGCUAAAGUUAUUGGCACGCAGCAUUGUUGGACAAGGUAUACCGUACAGUUUUUCAAUCACCACGGCUUCUAGUACUCGUCCAGGUCCUGUCGAGGUUAUUCACUCAGCAACUGGAAUUUAUCCAUAUGGACAUGUAGUAAAUUGGAUUCCACCAAUGAGUGGUGGCUCUCCUAUUCUGGGCUAUAGAAUUCGUGUUCGAGCUGUCGACAAUGACUUGAAUUUAAUUAGUAUGAUAGAAAAUAUUUCACCGUCUAGCUCGUGGAAAGUGUAUACACCAUCAUUCAAUAAUCCUUAUAUGAAUUAUUAUCAUUUGGCUCCAUUGAAACCAGAUCAAACAUAUCAAUUAAUUGUAGAAGCUUAUAAUCGCCAUGGUUACUCUCUAGAUGGUGUUGAUAUUAAACAAUAUGGUUAUUUAAAUCGCACACCGACAUCAACGCCUCAACUUCAACAAAUAUUUCCCGGUGAAAGAUUAAAUUAUCAAAAUUCUGAUAUAUUGUCAAAUCCUGUUAAUUCUUUAAUGAAUUUCAAACAGUCUGAUCUUGUUCCUAUAUGGUAUUUAUUUGAGACACCAUCAGCUGAUGAAUUAGAUCCUCCAUUUCUUAUGUUCAGCUAUAGUUCAUCUAUAUAUAAUUCCCAUCAAAUUAUUUUAUUACUGGGAAUUCAUACUUUCAUUGCAUAUAUAUUCUAUUAA